AGGACCUUAGCAUCCUGAGACAUUUUGGAUUCACAGUGCUCAAGGUUGACCCGGUCAGAGUUCAUCAUGUCAAAGUUAAAAAGCUCGGAGUCAGUCAGGGUGGUCGUUCGCUGUCGGCCCAUGAAUGGCAAGGAAAAGGCUGCUUCAUAUGAUAAGGUGGUGGAUGUGGACGUGAAGCUGGGGCAGGUGUCAGUGAAGAACCCCAAAGGAGUGGCCCAUGAAAUGCCCAAGACCUUCACCUUUGAUGCAGUCUAUGACUGGAAUGCCAAGCAGUUUGAACUCUACGAUGAGACAUUCCGACCGCUCGUGGACUCCGUCUUGCAGGGUUUCAAUGGGACGAUUUUUGCCUAUGGACAAACCGGGACUGGGAAAACCUACACGAUGGAAGGAGUCCGUGGUGAUCCUGAGAAAAGAGGGGUCAUCCCUAACUCAUUUGACCACAUCUUCACCCAUAUCUCUCGGUCCCAGAAUCAACAGUACCUGGUGAGGGCUUCUUACUUGGAGAUCUACCAGGAGGAGAUCCGAGAUCUGCUCUCAAAGGAUCAGACCAAAAGGCUAGAGCUCAAAGAGAGGCCUGACACUGGCGUGUACGUGAAAGACCUGUCUUCCUUUGUCACCAAGAGCGUGAAGGAAAUAGAGCACGUGAUGAACGUGGGGAACCAGAACCGCUCUGUUGGCGCUACCAACAUGAACGAGCACAGUUCGCGCUCUCAUGCAAUUUUUGUAAUCACCAUUGAGUGCAGUGAGGUGGGCCUUGAUGGAGAAAACCAUAUCCGUGUAGGGAAAUUGAACCUGGUGGAUCUUGCUGGCAGCGAACGGCAAGCCAAGACCGGUGCACAAGGAGAAAGACUGAAGGAGGCCACCAAGAUCAACCUGUCCCUUUCAGCCUUAGGUAACGUCAUCUCUGCCCUGGUGGACGGCAAAAGCACUCACAUUCCAUAUCGGGACUCAAAGCUGACCAGGCUCCUCCAAGAUUCUCUGGGUGGCAAUGCUAAAACUGUGAUGGUAGCCAACGUGGGCCCUGCCUCAUACAAUGUAGAAGAGACUCUGACCACUCUGAGAUAUGCCAACCGUGCCAAAAACAUUAAGAACAAGCCAAGGGUCAAUGAGGACCCUAAAGAUGCCCUCCUUCGAGAAUUCCAGGAAGAGAUUGCUCGGCUCAAGGCCCAGCUGGAAAAACGAUCCAUUGGCAGGAGGAAGAGGCGAGAGAAGCGGAGGGAAGGUGGCAGCAGUGGUGGGGGCGGGGAGGAGGAGGAGGAGGAGGGAGAAGAGGGUGAGGAGGAAGGGGAUGAUAAGGAUGAUUACUGGCGGGAACAGCAAGAAAAACUGGAGAUUGAGAAGCGGGCCAUUGUAGAAGACCACAGCUUGGUUGCAGAGGAGAAGAUGAGGUUGCUGAAGGAGAAGGAGAAGAAGAUGGAGGACCUGCGGCGGGAGAAGGAUGCUGCCGAGAUGCUGGGCGCCAAAAUCAAGGCCAUGGAGAGUAAGCUGCUUGUUGGAGGAAAAAAUAUAGUAGAUCAUACAAAUGAACAACAGAAAAUCCUGGAGCAGAAACGGCAGGAAAUUGCAGAGCAGAAACGUCGAGAAAGAGAAAUCCAGCAACAGAUGGAAAGCAGAGAUGAGGAGACCUUGGAACUUAAAGAGACGUACAGCUCAUUGCAGCAAGAGGUGGACAUCAAGACCAAAAAACUCAAGAAGCUCUUCUCCAAGCUUCAGGCGGUGAAGGCAGAGAUCCAUGACCUCCAAGAAGAGCACAUCAAGGAGCGUCAGGAGCUGGAACAGACUCAGAACGAGCUCACAAGGGAGCUGAAACUGAAGCAUCUUAUUAUAGAAAACUUUAUCCCUCUGGAAGAAAAAAGUAAAAUUAUGAAUAGAUCCUUCUUUGAUGAAGAGGAAGAUCAUUGGAAAUUACAUCCUAUAACCAGACUGGAGAAUCAGCAGAUGAUGAAGCGGCCAGUCUCAGCUGUGGGAUAUAAGAGACCGUUGAGCCAACACGCAAGAAUGUCCAUGAUGAUUCGUCCAGAGGCCCGAUAUAGGGCAGAGAACAUCGUGCUGUUAGAGCUGGACAUGCCCAGCCGGACCACCAGAGACUACGAGGGCCCCGCCAUUGCUCCCAAAGUCCAGGCUGCACUGGAUGCAGCUCUGCAGGAUGAAGAUGAGAUACAGGUGGAUGCGUCAUCCUUUGAAAGCACGACAAAUAAGAAAUCGAAGGCCAGGCCUAAAAGCGGAAGGAAGUCGGGACCCUCCUCCUCUUCCUCAGGAACCCCUGCAUCUCAGCUUUAUCCACAGUCUCGAGGACUGGUUCCCAAGUAAAGCCAGUUCCUCCUCUCCCAGGGUGUAAAUAGCUUUUGCCUUCUGAGAGAAGAGACGAGCAAAAACCUGCAGAGAGGACUUCAAGCCCAAACUCAGAACCAUGCCCUUGGGGAGAAGCUUUGGCCUCUUUGCAGAUUAACCAUCGUAAUCUGGUUGACACGUGCUGGUGCUCAUCUGGCACGCAGCAACUCUGGGAGAUGUCCUUUAAUUAGCAUCUCAGAAAUGCAUGGGUAAGGUAAAGUGUGAUAGUCGAAGUGGAAAGCAAGAGAAUGACCAGUGACCUUGCUUCCCUCCUCCCUUGCCUUCUCCCUUCCCUCGCCCUCCCUCCCUCACCCCUCUCCUUUUCUAGCCUGUUCUUUGUGCUGGGCUCCUUUCUUGUUGAACAACAGGGCAAAAUCAGGAGUCACCUGAGCAGGACCAAGUCUGUGGAGCCUCAGGAUAAAAUGACAGUGAGGUUGAAAAGUAAAAGCCCUAGAACUUGAAUAGGUGCUUGUUCCUGUAGGUAGAAUGAGAAUUCUUAUUUGGAUCCAAGCCCCCGAUAGGCUCGAUAGGCCUUUGGGAUCUGCUGAAUAAGGAAAUGUUUUCCAAGAAUGUUGUGAAGCAAUAGAAACAACAUUCCCUUUGCCUCCUUGGAGAGUUUAGGGAAACAGCUUCUUUAAAAACCUUAAAACCUUGACCAUCCUUGUCAAUGACAUAAAUCUGUAAGCUGAUGCCAUGUCCAUACACUGUGUCACUUUACUCUUCAUUUGUCACCAUCUUUUCCCUUGCACACGUCCUCUGAGGGUCCCUGCCUAGGCCCAUCCUCUGCCCGCAGAGCAUGCUCAGCCGUGGGCCUGUUUUAUGGGAAAAGGGAGGUUGGCUCUGUUUUCUCUGAUGGGACAAGAGUUGGGGGAAUGAGACAUACAGUGGCACUUUUGAAUUCCCCAUUUUGUUCCCGGUCUGCAUAAGGGUGAUUAGGCA